AUGUUUAGCCUUUCAUGGCACACAAAACUGCUAUUGUUCCUCUUCAUAGCACAAGUGGCAGCAAAAGAGGAGUUCAAGAAAGAUGAAGGUUUUUCAAGAGCUCUAUUUCCAACCUCAACGGUACCUGCUGAAGAACUUGGUACUGAUAAUUCAGAUCUUUCCUCUGAAAGUGCCACAUUGAAAUCAACAUCUCUACGUUUAUUUGACACCUUCCCAACAGUACCUCCGUUUGAUGAUAGUGGAAAUUUUACUAUAGAUUCAGAUGAGUUCUUUUUUAACUGCUGUGAUUGCUGCCCCCCUGUACCAGGACAAAAGGGUGAACCAGGGGAACCGGGUGAAGCAGGGACACAGGGCGAGAAAGGAGAUCAGGGGUUAACAGGCUUACCUGGGUCCCCAGGGCUACCUGGCAUAAAGGGUUCAGAGGGAGAAAAAGGAUCAAAAGGAGACCGUGGCCUGGAUGGAUUUGAUGGUCUUCCAGGAUUUAUAGGAAAACCAGGGGAGAAAGGAGAGCAAGGAGCAAAAGGUGAUAAAGGAAACAUUGGUUUCCCUGGAUUUAAAGGAGACAAAGGAGACAAAGGAGGACCCUGUGAAAAUGGCACCAAAGGAGACAAGGGGGAGCAGGGGGAUGUGGGCAAAAUGGGGUUAACAGGAGAGAAGGGUGAGAAAGGUGAAAGGGGAGACAUAGGAGAGAAAGGAGAGUGUGGGGACUUUGGUGAGAAGGGGAAUCGUGGAGAGCCCGGUGCAGAAGGUGAGAAGGGUGACAAAGGUGAAAAGGGGGAUCCGGGGAUUGAUGGCAUCAAGGGAAUUGAUGGCAUCGAUGGAGAAAAGGGAGAUCCAGGCCAAAAGGGAGACAAAGGGGACCGAGGAUUACAGGGGCCAAAAGGAUUAGUAGGACCAAAAGGAAAAGAUGGUAGCAGAGGUCUACGUGGGAGAAGAGGUACUCGUGGGCCAAGGGGUUUGCCGGGGCAAAAAGGUGAGGAUACAAAAAUCACGCCAUCUGCAUUUAGUGUAGGAUUGAUCCCAAAUAAGUCAUUCCCUCCAGUUGGCACUCCAAUAAAAUUUGAAAAAGAUUUCUACAAUGACCAGAAUGCCUAUAAUCCAGUAACUGGGAAGUUCCACUGCAGUAUUGGGGGUGUUUACCUGUUUUCAUAUCAUUUGACUGUGAGAAGUAGACCUGUAAGAAUUAGCCUGGUAAAAAAUAGCAUUCGGAUCCUGAAGAGCAGAGAUGCAAUUUUUGGACAAGACAUAGAUCAGGCAUCCGGCAUGGUUAUUCUUAAACUGAAACCCAAUGAUGAAAUCUGGUUGAUGAUAACUCGAGAGUGGAAUGGGGUUUUUGCAAGCAAUGAUGAUGAUAGUACAUUUACUGGAUUUCUUUUAUAUCAAGACUAG